ACAUAAAAAAAGUAUAAAUUACAAAUGGCGUUGUAGACAGAUGUGUUCACGGCCACGAUGGGCGAUGAUUCUUUGAUAUUACGAGAAGAUGGUUAUAUACGUAUGAACUUUCCUGUUACUUCUUUAACGUAUCAUAGUAACUUAAAUAUAAUAUUAGUGAAGACUGAUGUAGGUGGUGUACACGUUUUGGAUGUGAACUCUGGUGUGAUUCUCCAGUCCUCUUGUCUCUCAGCGGAUGACGGAGGUACACUUGGUAUAGAGUACGCGCCGACUGCGGAGCGAGUAUUUGUGUGGGACAGUAGCGGGGUGAGCGCUCGCUCUGACUACAAUGGGGUGCUGCUUCUGCACACAGCUCUCCAGCGGCCGCUGCCCUCGUCGCAGCUUGACAAGAUAAUUAGGAUAGAACUUGUCUUAUCUGAGGCGGUACUACUCUACCAGUGCCUGCAGAGUCUGGAUGCUCACUCUAUGGAAGGUCUUUCAGAUUUUAUCAAUGAACUCAAGAACUCAAUAGAUGCAGAGCCGGUUCGGAAAGGUGUGAAGGCACAGAAGUGGAGUACAGUAACAAUCUGUCUACCACAAUCCACAAUUCGGUUGGUCACAAUCGGCGUAAUUCAGGAGUUGAAGACCCAAAAUCGACGGAUACCGGCAUUAUCCAUCGCGUCGGCGGUGGGCCAACGUGCCAAUGAUCUUGUGUCGUGCUCCCGCGAUGAGGAGACUAGGCCGCUGAUGUACUCGGAGGCGGAGCGGAAAGAGACCUUCAAAAGAUGGCCACAUAUGGAUUAUAAGUGGGCAUUACCAGCUCGUAUGGCGCAGGCGGGGUUCUACCAUCAGCCCUCGCCGUCGGGGGAUGACCGCGCCAUGUGCUUCACUUGCCUCGUCUGCCUGGUGUGCUGGGAGAAAUCCGAUGAGCCGUGGGUGGAGCAUGAGCGACAUUCUCCCACCUGUCCUUUCGUCAGGGGCGAGUACACACACAACGUACCUUUAUCGGUCACAAAUGCAACAGCCUGCGCCGUACCGUGUCCAAACGUUUCAGUGGUAUCCAAAGGUAACAAUAGCGACUUGAUAGCUACAGGCACAGUGGAAGGCAAGAUCAAUAUAUGGAAAUUCGACAGCGGACUAAAACUCGUAAAGUUUAUUCACCUAUCGCCGUAUGAUUCUAUCUUCAGCGGUAUAUUGUCAACCGAGUGCAAUAAAGUUUGGUCUGCUAGUUUGGAGAAGGAUUCUUCUAUGUACGGGAUCGAACUCACAGCUAUGGCGUUCAUCGGCAUGACUGGCAAACAGGCAGCUUACCCACAAGCGCAAACAGCCGAUAAUACAGACAAAGAAACUAGUACUAGUAAAAUUAAGCCAUCCCUGAUAUGUGCAGUCACCGUUACAAGAACCAACUCCACGCCAUCAGACCAGCCCAUCAAAGAAGACUCGAGCAAAGCUCUCUUCGAUUCUGGUGUGGACAAGACCAAAGAGAGUGUCCAAGCCAUGAAUGACCAGAACGAAGCGAAGAGCAACUUUCCAACAACUAAUAAAAUGCUGUUCCUCCUUACGUAUGACAUACACAGCUCAUCAGCUAACUCCAUAACUACUGUUGUUCACACCUCAAACAGUAGCGGCAACUCUAAGCCUGGAGGCAGCAAGAAAGUGUGUACGGUAGCACGAACAGAUGACGCGAAUAUAUACGAUGAAAUAUAUUUUCAGUAUUCAGAUGACGACACAGAGCUUCCUCAGUGCACUAGUAGCCUUAUAGACGAACAAAUAAGUAAUGUGAUUAAUUUGAACGCCUCAUCGAGUAAAGAGGAUUGCAAAAUCUGGGAACCCAAGAAGAUAAUUUUCACAAAACAUUUCAAAGUUUUAACGCCGCCUCCUCCUACAGUUUUAUUGCCAGAGCUGCCAGAGUCGGGUCAAGGCAGCAUGUUGGAUUUUGUGGGGAAAAUAUCCCAAUUGAAGAGUUGGAAGAGUGCUAAUUUAGAUUCUGUUGGUACUAAACUAGCGGACCAAACAGAUGCGGUAUUACAACAGGCAGAUCCUAUUACUCAUUAUCUCAACAUGAAUGGACCCCUAGAAAUAUCCGAUUUGAAGUGGUACGAGGGGGGCGAGGGCACUGAAAAAAUUAAGGUUACCCCAUUCGGUGGUAGCAAAGUGGGAACACAAACAGCAGUCAGUAACAGUAAUAAUGAUGGAUUUGAUAGUGAUCCGCCCCAAGAAGAGGUCGUUUCCCAGGGUAUUGCUAUCCAGUGCCUAGAUCUUCCAAUCGGAUUAAAUCUUAGAAACGAUUCCAAAGUCACGCAUUUAUUACCCACAGAAGACAAGGAGCAUUUAUUGGUAGUGAUAUCUUGUAUUGAACCUGAAAAAGUAAAAGUUGAAGAGGACGUUGACUGCGACGGUGACGUGAAGAUGGACAUUGACGACGUUGUAGAUGCCUGCGAUAAAACAGACAAAUGCGAUGCAAAAGCAUAUUUUCUUCUUUAUAAAAUCAAAAACACAACGUCCAUAUAUACCUUGGAAGAACAUCCUGUUACAAUGAAAGAAUUAUCGUUUAACGAGAGUCCUGUAGAUCUCUGCCUAUUACCUAUAGAUAAACACGAACAGUAUUCUUUUGCUUCUGUUGGUGUCGACGGCGGUUUACGACUAUACUCGCUUCCAGAGUUCAAGAUGCUGUCAGAGAAGCGAGUCCCUAAAGGGCAAUUUACUUCUGUAGUAUAUUGCGCUUCUGUGGAACGUCUCAGUGUAUCCACGAAGCACGGUAUGAUUUAUUUCUACGCUUUAAAUAACGCCAAAAAGGACUCGACGGGAGAUAUCGAUGAAGAUGAAUUUGCUAACAUAGACUUUGACAUGCUUCAAAAAGCACCUCGGGAUGAGGUAUGCGGGUCAAUUUCGGCACCCGUCAUCCUCGCCAAUAAGACUGAACUAGACAUGGCCGAUCUUGAGGCCUUAAUAUCCUUGACAGGGUUUUAUGGUACGAACACAACAGUGCCUUAUAGCGCAGUAGUGCCGGGCUUCUGGUGUGAGUUGUCGCCGGCGCAGCGCUCGCGCUCCGACCACCAGAACAACAGGACCUGGCGACUCCAGAACACCUCCUCCACUUGGGACGAACACGUGCUAGAACUAACGCUGCCUUAUAGUGUAUCUUUAGCUCACGUAGAAUUUGGAUUUACAUUGCAUACAACGUGCCCUGUAAAUUUACCAAUUAUACAAGUCACUUUAUUGAAACAAAAUUUACACGGAAUCGGUUAUAAAAAAGAUGCGUCCUUUGGCCACAGAUCGGACUCCCCACAACAUUUUCCGACUGUAGAAUCUGAUAUGCCUUCUUUGGAAAACCCUGUAAAUAGUGAAGAAUAUUUACGAGCCCAUAAUGCCGAAAUACUAGCUGGUCCAUUAUUAUUGACGUCUGGUCUGGAUUUGUCCCAGCAGUCGGGAAGUUUAAUAUUAACGAGCCCUAAAUUAUACAGGGCAAGAGGUAGAACAUUUCUAGUUCACAUAAAAACAUUAUUUGAUCCCGCUAAAGAUAUGACCAAAACAUCGAGUAAAUCGAGUGAGGGUAGUUCUAAGAAAUCGACAUUUAUCGGAUGCGAUUGGUUGCAUCAGAUUUCAUUGACGGUGCGGGCUAGUCCACACACUGACGUACCGAUGGAGCGGCAGCAACGGAUAGCGAUGUUGGAGUCAAAUAGUUUCUUGAACAACCUAUUGGGUAUAGUUGUGAACAAGGGUGAUUCUGAAAAGAAAAAGAUCGCAUUAGAUCUGCUUAUUUGGGUGAUCUCCAUAAGGUUACAGCGGAUGCGCCUAGCGAAAUCUGAGAAGACGAAAGACAAAGAGGCACAAAACCCCGUGGAGACGCAGCAGUUAGAAUGUGUGAGAAUAGUCGAGGAACAUGUCGAUGGUCUUAUUAAGAAUUGCAUUCUGUGCGCUAACAGAAGUAUCGCCAAGAAAUGUGUCAAGAUAAUCCUUAUCACGAGCGAGGGCGUGAAGCAGCUGCCGAAGCCGUGGAAGUCGUCGUUCGAGCAGACGGUGUCGAGCGGCGUGUGCGCGUGCAUCCCGUUCGUGGGCGCGUGCGAGUCGGCGGGCGCGCUGCGCUGGCUGGCGGCGCUGGCGCAGCAUGCCGGGCCGCGCGGCGCCGCGCCGCCGCUGAUACAGCGCUGCCUGGCGCUGCUGCACGCCACCGCCGGUUGCCUGGCUGCGCGCGCAGACCCAUACCACCACCUGCUCCGGGCCAGAUUUGGGCUGUACGGUCUCCCGCUGGAGCAGACGAUUUUCGCAUCGGAAGUGCCCGAAUUAGGGCGAGGCACAUCGUCGCCGGUCACAUACGCGAGUGUACUCGCUGGGGAUACUAGCGCGCCGCCCCCUCCCAAACCUGACUACCAGCUCAAGGAUCUACUUAAUUUACCUCCCGAUAUGGGUUCGCAAGUGGCCGGCGCCGACUCGAAGUCCCCGAUGGCGGCGUGGUGGGCGCAGAGCGAGGGCGUGGGCGUGUUCGGCGCGGGGCUGAGCGAGGCGCAGCCGCUGCACGUGAGCUGCCACGUGGCGUCCGACGGCACCAAGCUGGAGUCCAGCGGCGCGCGCCUGCACGCCGCCGUCGUCAGCGCGCUGCCCGGCGCCCAGCCCGGCGCCGACCCGCAUCAGCUUUGGUCAGCCAUGAAAGAAGGGAAUAAACAAACAUCUCAAGACCCUGAUUCCUUAGAGGACGUUGAAAGCUCACUGAUGGACUGUGACCCACAGGAGAAAUCAGAGUUCUCUGAAGAUAAACUAUUCAAGGAGCAGGAGCAGUGCGGCAUCGCGUGGGCGGCGCUGGUGGCGCGGCCGCCGCACCACACGCUCGUCGUCGAGCGCAUGCACUCGGGCGCGCGCCGCUACAUCGUGCUCGACUUCGGCCGCCGCGUGCGCCUCACGGACCUCAUAAUCCCAUCAUGCUCCGACCUAGUGACCCUGUGUAUAGACAUUUGGGUGACGAGCGAGGAGACGGACAGCGUGAAGCUUGCCUUCGCCACCGACAUCGCGACCAAACAUCUUGUGCUCACUGACAUACAGCCACCGCCGCUAUGUCGUUAUAUGAAGAUAACGACUAUAGGGCGGUAUGGUAUGUCUGCUAUGAAGUGCAAGAUACCGCUGGGAUGGUUCUACGGCGAGAUUGCCGACAUUACCAACGUGCAGGCCUCCGUCAAUGCGCUGAAUGCCUUGUAUCAAGACUUGACCUGCAGGUUCCGACUUGCAACUGGAAAACUAAUGGACUUGCUGAAUCCUUACUUGGAAAUGUAUAAUGGGAACGCAGCACAUAUGAUGGCUUAUUUGAACCUGGCAAACGAGACUGAUCCUAAAGUAAUCGCCGCGUACCAGGAGUGCAUAGAACUACAGCAGCAGAUGCAUACAUGUAACAAUAUACUGAAGAGGCUGCAGAACACCUCGGAGUGCAAUGAUCAACUGCUCGAUAUGAUCAAUAAAGGGAAAGUGACAUCCGAAGCGCUCCUAGAACGCGCUUCCACUGACAAGCUGAGGGUUAUCAGCGAGACUGUUGUUGAUUUGCUGCUGUACUUCUUCUUCCAAAUGGGUGAUGUGGCGGCGCCGGGUCCGGCGGCGGAGGUGAGCGCGGAGUGGUGCGCGCGCGUGGCGCCGCUGCUGCGCUGGUGGGGCGGGCGCGCGGCGGCCGCGCUGGCCGCGCUGCUGGCGCGCCUGUGCGGCCGCGCCGCCUGGUGGGGCGCGCACCUCGCCGACACGCUCACCGACGCCUUCGCCGCCGCCGACGCGCCGCCGCUCGCGCUCGACAGAUGCCUGGUACUGGUGAUGUACAUGUGUCGCAAGAGCCUCUACGCGCAUCGAUCGGCGGAGAACGGCGUGGCUGCUGCGCUGGCGACACGCGCGCUGGCGCUGGUACGGGCGGCGCGGCCGCAGCCCGCACUCACCGCCGCCGUGCUCACCGCGCUCGCCUCCGUGCUCGACACCGUCGCCGCCAACAGACAUGCCAGAUGGGACUGGGUGACGGGUGGUCGCGCGGGCAGCGGCGGCGAGGGUUCGAACCUGUCCCCGCGGACCGCCGAGUGCCAGCUGCACCACCGGAAGCUGCACAAGAAGCUCUUGCACCAGAUGCACGAUGCGGACACCAAGCGUGGCAAACAGGCCGCCCUCGAGGACCGCGGUCGUUACAGUGUGAAAACUCGACUGACACAGAACAACAAGCGCGGCGGGCGAGCGGGCGACGGCAUGAGCGAGGCGCUCGCCCGCGUGAUCCCGCCGCCGCUCGGCGCCGCGCUCGCCAGCGCGCUCGUCGCGCACAUGCUCGCCGCCGACAGCUCCGCCGACGGCGACGUGCUGCUGCUCUGCGCCAAGGUCGUGGGCCGGCUGUGUGCGCUGUGCGGCGGGGCGGCGCUGCUGGAGCCCGCCAGUAUUCUGGGGCUGGCGCGUCUCGCUGUCACCUUGCCGCCCUGGCCCAGACACGCGCUCACCACGCUGCUGCAGGACCUAGUAGAAUACGAGAGCUCGGAGAGCAACACGAGCCCGAGCGAGGAGUCGUGGUGCGGAGGCGGCGGCGGCGGCGGCGGCAGCGGCAGCGACGGCGGCGUGCGCGUGCGCAUCACGCGCUCGUUCGCGGGGCCCGGCUUCGGGAAGGCGCCGCGCCGCGGCAAGGGCGCCUCCGUAGCAGAUGUGUUAGCGGAUAGUUUCGGUCUGGCGAAGAGUAGCAACUUUAGCAAGCCGAAAAUUAUACCACAAGGUCUCACAAAUAUUAUGAAAGAUAUGGUGGACCAGAUGACUGCGGAAUCUGAGGACUCGGAGUCUGAAGAGAAACUGGAGCAGUACAUUUUUGUACCAUUCAAGAAGGAGAGCAAAUCGAAGACUACUGUUGAUAAUAGUAACAGCGUGGUGUCGAGCUGCACGGACGCGCGGCUGGAGAGCGGCGCGGGCGGGUGCGGGGGCGCGGGCGGCGCGGGCGAGGCGCUCGCUCGCCGCGCGCUGCUCGCCACGGGCGGCGCGCUCGCGCAUGCGCUGCGGGCGCCGCACGUGCCGCCGCCGCCGCCGCCGCCGCCGCCGCCCGCGCACACCGAGCCCGGCGACGCGGCCGCGCCCGCCGCCACACCCACACCUACACCCACACCCACCGCGCACCCGCGCUCACACCCGCCGCUCACGCACACGCUCUACGACGUCUUCCGGCACCUGGCGCUCGAAUUCCACUAUCAGAUGGACUGCACGUUCAUGGAGAACGUGGUGUCGCUGUGGCUGACGCUGAACGGGUCGUCGUGGGGCGGCGGCGCGUGGUCACAGGCGGCACUGGCGCUGCCCGCCGACGCGCCGCGCAUCCGCCUCGCCUCCGACACCGUCAACGCGCUCCUGCACUCGCUCUGCACGUUGGAAAACAUAUCACUUAGAUGUUGGGUGUUGUCCAUGCAAGCAUUGGCAUGGAUUGCAAGCUUGCCAUUACAGACGGAGGGCAGCACUCAGACUAUGGGUCGCGUGAUACUGGAAUGCGAGCAUUUCGUACCGGCUGUCGUCCGAUUCAUCACCAUGAACGUCAACACGGACGGUGCGGUCGCCUCGUCCGAACCUUAUCUCGGCGGCGUGAGCAUCGGCGCGGGCGCGGGCGCGGCGUCGGCGCUGCACUCGGUGUUGUCGCGCGUGGUGUGCGCGCGCGGCGCGGCCGGCGCGCUGGCGGCGCUGCGCAUGGUGUGCGGCGUGUGGCGGCGCGACGCCGACGCGCCCGCCGCGCCGCCCGCGCUCGCCGCGCCCGACCUGCACGCCACGCUGCUGCGCCUCGCGCACCCGCUGCUGCAGCUGCUCGCCGGCCGCCACGCGCACCACGCGCUCGCGCUCUUCGACACCGUCGCGCACCUGUCGUCGUGGUGGGUGCGCGAGAGCUGCGGGCGCGGCGCGGAGGCGGGCGGCGAGGCGCGGCUGUCGGGGCUGCUGGCGGACGUGCUGGGCGGCGGCGGCGCCGGCGCCGCGCGCCGCGCCCCGCUGCGCCGCUCCGUGCUGGCGCAGCUGCUGCACUACUGCCACCGCCUGCUCGCCGUGCCGCUCGCCGCGCACCACCACCACGCGCACCACGCGCAACACGCGCAGCACACGCAACACGCCGCGUCGUCGUCAUCCAACUCGGCGGCGGGGUCGAGCGCGGCGACGAGCAUGGAGGCGGCGAGCUCGUCGCAGACGGACGAGAGCAAGGCGCAGCACAGCGCGCCGCCCGACGCCACCAACGUGGAGGACGAGCGCAAGCAGCAACAGGCGCGCGCGCCCUGCGUCGCAGACACAGUACUACAACACUCACUGAUUAUGCAGAAAUUCUACAGGACAUUGUCGAUGUGCGAUGGAAUGAACACCUUAUUGUUAAACUCAGGAAUGAACUCGGAAUCGUCGUCGGAGUACACCUCACUGAAAGAAGAGCUGUUCUUACUAGUGGCUCAUAUGCCAAACGUCGCCUCCAACCCAGCGCUGAUGGUCAACAGUCUCAUGGAAUUCCUUAGAAAAGAAGAAAUAGUGAAUUUAUCUCAAGCAAUGCAGCAGCUGAUCAUCCGGCUGCUGGACAAGCCCGAAGCGUUGGCUGCGUUCAUAGACGCCGGCGGGCUCGAGCUCGCCGUGGAGAAACUCACCGCGUGUCAUCAGGCGGGUCCAAGCGGUAGCCAAGGGCUAGUGUCCUCCCUGAUGAACUACCUGAAGCUGCCUCCGCAGCUCAUCAAUUUGUCUACGCCCGCAUCGAGCAGCAAGAAGAACCAGCCACCUGUUAUAGAGACUUCCAAUGGUGGUCUGGUAAACAUCGCGCCACUAUGCUCGGUGUCGUGCGGCAACCCGACGGCGCAGGCGGCGGACGUGCUGCUGGACGGCGGCGGCGCGGGCGCGGGCGCGCGGCAGGCGUGCGCGGCGCGGCGCGUGCGCGCGGCCGCCUGGUCCUACCACUUCUUCAGCGCCGACGACGCCUCGCUCGCGCUCACGCUCACGCUGCCCUACGCCGCGCAGCUCUACGAGGUGCAGCUGCAGCCGCACCUCGCCUCGCUCGCCACAUGUCCCGGCGCUGUAGCAGUGGAGGCGGGCUGCGGGGGUACACUAGCGCCCCUGGGCCCCCCGCAGAACACCGCCGGCAUGACGUUCAUCCGGCUGGCGGUCAUGAGGCCAGUGGUGUGCACCACUGUGCAGCUCAGGCUGUACAAGCCGCGGGACUCCUCCAACAUGGGCUUAUUGCAAUUAAAGCUGCUUGUGGAACCGGCAUUUAACAAACACGUCAGCAAUCCGGGCAACACCAACAACUGGGCGUGGGUGGUGGCGGCGAGCGGGCGCGCGCCGCUGGCGGCGGAUCGCUGGUGGCGCGCGGUGGAGGGCCCGGCGCUGGGCGCGCUGUGCGCGUGCGUGGCGGGCGGCGGCGCGGCCGGCGCGCACGCGCAGCGCGCGCUGCUGGCCGCCGCGCGCGCCUGCCCCGCGCGCGCGCCGCCGCUGCUCGCCGCGCUGCUCGACAUGGACGCGCAGGCGCACGCGCACGCGUUCCAGUCGUCGGGUGGGUCAACGUCGCGCGUGAACGGCAGUAUGAACGCAGUGUGCGAGCUGGUGCGGCAACUGUGUCGCUGGUGUCCGGAGGGCGCGACCGCCGCGUACGUGCGCUGGCUGACCGCCGCCGCGGAGCUCUGGCUGCGCGAGCGCAAGCCACCCUCUGCCGCCCUUACACAUACCCUCGCCGCCGUACUAUGGACUCUCAAAGAGGAACGACUUCUAGAGAAUCUGGAGCAGCUGAUAACCGACGAUUUGUUCGAACUUGUUUACACGUGGGUGCAAGAUGUUCCUGAGAACAGUCUGUUGAAGGAAGCACUCGAUGCCGUUCUGUGCUCAAUGUGCUACAUCCGGUCGGAGUUGUUUAGAAUGUUACUAGAACAUAUGGAUAUACCAAUGGAUCAUGAUGAAAGCAUGGAGGGGCUGACAGAUGACACGAAGGUGCACGUGUCGCCGGCGGGAGGCGGCAACGGCGGCGGCGCACGCGACGGCGGCGUGGCGUGGCGGCUGCGCGGCUGGCAGCUGCAGACGGUGGCCGCCGCCGCAAUGUCGCCCGCCGCCACAACCGCGCUGCUGCACUCGCGGCUGCCUGCCGCCGUCGUCGCCGCACUCGUCGAUUUCAGUGAAGCAAAGUUGGAAUUGAUUAAAGAACAACUCGGCUCAAAAGAUGUUCAAAUGGAAGAUGGCGAAAAGGAGACUAGUCAACCCAAACCUGAGGCGGGGCGCAUGCGGCGCGCGUGCCGGCUGGUGGCGUGGGCGCGGCGGCUGUGCGCCGAGCGGCGGCUCAAGGACUGGCUGGGCGGGCCCGGCGCCGCCUUCUGGCGCCCGCUGCUGCGCCUGCUGUGCUACCCGCGCCCGCCGCACGACACGUGGCAGGAGGGUGCUCAGUACGCCCAGCUGGAGGAGAACACGAUUCGGUUGUUCGCGGAGUUGACCGUGUGUCACGCCGCCAACCAAAAGUUAUUCGCCUCCACCUUGCACAGUAUACUGGAGUCACUGAACUGUGUUGGUCCGGAGGGCAUCUCGGGGUUCACCCGCGCGCUGAUCCUGCGGCUGGUGCUGUCGGCGGAGCGCGCCACGGUGGCGCUGCGCUGGGCGGGCGGCGCGGGCGGCGCGGGGGGCGCGGGGGGCGCGGGCGGCGCGGCGCCGGCCGUGGCGCCCGGCCACCCCGCGCACCACUACCACGCGCUCGUGGCGCUGCCGCUGCACACCACCGUGCGCGCGCUGCUCAUCGCGCACAGGCCGCCGCUGCCAAUAAUAGAAGAGAGCGGGCGGCUGUGCGCGAGCGUGGGCGCGGGCGGCGCGGCGGGCGGCGGCGCGGCCGGCGCGGGCGGCGGCAGCUCGGCGGCCGUGCUGCGCAGCGCGUCCGACACGGCCAUCAUGACCGCCGCCGAGGCCUGGGAGUUAACGCUCGCCGCUGCCAGCGCCUCCAAGGACAAGCGCGUCAAGGACGUCAAGAACACCUCGCUCAAGCAGCAGAACAGCAAGAAGCGACAAUCUAAAGCAGCCAACGACGCCACCGUGCUCACCGUCGCCGAUGUGGAGCUGCUGGAGUCGACGAUCCUGGUGCAGGUGGCGGGGCUGGAGGGCUUCGUGCCGGGCAGCUGCACGCUGGCGCAGCUGGCGGCCGCCGCGCCGCACGUCUGCGGCCCGCACCUCACGCUCACGCUGCACCUCAACACCAACGGAGAUGUAUGGUCAGGUCCCACUUGGGAUGGCGGCGGAACCACGAGUGCGUCAGCAAACAACGGUUCCAGUGCUAUACUAAGAGAAUUUGGCGCGUGCGGUGGGCUCGCGCUAGUCGCUGCCAAGUUACCCAGACCCCACGCACCGCCACCGCCACCGCCCACGCUACAUCAUCAUCACCAUCACCACGACCUCGACUGGGUCAAGCUGGACGAUCCUUAUGAGGAGGUGGUGGAGCUGGGCGGCAGCGGCGCGGGCGGCGGCGGCGGCGGCGGCGGCGGCGGCGGCGGGGGCGGCGGCGGCGCGGCGGGCGGCGAGGAGGGCGGCGCGGGCGGCGGGUGCGCGGGCGUGCCGGUGCACGCGCUGGCGGCGCUGGGGCUGCUGCUGAAGCUGCCCGGCUACGCGCACGCGCUGCUCGACGAGGGCGCGCGCGCCACGCACCUGCUGCGCCUGCUGCUCGGCGUCGCGCACGACGAGGACGGAUGUAGUAUCGUGGUGGGCGGCGGCGGCGGCGGCGGCGGGCAGUGGUCGCUGGGCACGCUGCCGUUCCGCGUGGUGUCGCGGCUGCUGGAGGCGGCGCCGGCCGGCAGCGGCGAGGGCCGCGCGCUGCGCCGCUCGCUGCUGGCGCUGGGCGCCGUGCGCCUCGUGCUCGCCUGCCUCGCCGUCUUCACGCACCACCGCCCGCACUCCGCAGAGAACAGCCAAGCAUCGAAUGGUUCGUCAGCGAGCAAAUCCGAAGAGAAGAGCCAGUUGUAUUGGGCGAAGGGCACCGGGUUCGGCACUGGCUCCACGCAGCAGUCGUGGAACGUGGAGCAGGCGCUGGUGCGGCAGCGCACCGAAGAGGAGCACGUCACCGUGCUGCUGCAGGUAUUAGCGUCAUAUAUGAACCCUGGUGAAAAGUGGCCCCCUGAAGAGGGGUCACAGGAAGGAGAAGCUUCUACGUCGGCGGCUGGGAGUGGAGUUUCCUCCGGUGGUGCGACGAGUGCGGAGGAGGCAGAUACUGAGUCGGAGGAGAGCGACGCGCGCGACAUGCCGCCGGAGUUCAUCGACCUCAUCGUCGGCAGCUCGCUCGUGCCUGCCAUCUGCUCCUACCUUAGGAACGAUUCGGUGCUGGACAUGUCGCGGCACAUCCCGCUGUACGUGUGCGUGCUGCGCGUGGCGCGCGCGCUGCACGCGCUGCGCGCGCGGCGGCUGGCGCCCGCGCUGCGCGCGCUGCCGCGCCUGCUGCACCAGAUGUCGCGCACCACCAACUCCUACGCCACCAAGCUCAGAAUGAGUAAAAAAAAUAUAUUCGGAAAAAUGACAUAUAGCCAAAGAUUUAGUACGUCAAGUAAUUCAGAAUUAUCAGAGGAGGACGAGGGACUCGCGUCUCUAAUUGCUGACAUACAGGCGACGUCUGCGCUGAUGUGCCGGUGGGAGGGGGAGCCGGAGGGCGGCGGCGCGGCGCGGCCCGUGAGCGGCGCCGGCCGCGAGGCGCGCUACAUCGACCUCAUGCGCACCAUGCAGUUCGAGACGUUCGAGAUGCUGGCGGAGUGUUCGGAGAGCUCGUCAGGGUUCCGGUUCACGGUGCCGUACCAUUUCGAGGGCGCGGUGAGGGCGGCGGGCGAGCGCGCGCACCCCGCGCGCAUGAAGCGGCUCGCGCAGGAGGCCGCCACGCUGGCCACCAGCCUGCCGCUCUCCUACUCCUCCUCCGUGUUCGUGCGCACCGACACCGACCGGCUCGACGUCAUGAAGGUGCUCAUAACGGGCCCAUCGGAUACGCCAUACGCGAAUGGGUGCUUCAUCCUAGACGUGUACUUCCCCGCCGAGUACCCCGCCGUGCCGAUGCACAUCAACCUGGAGACCACCGGGCGCCACUCGGUGCGGUUUAACCCUAACCUGUACAACGACGGCAAAGUCUGUCUCUCGGUGCUCAACACUUGGCACGGCCGGCCCGAAGAGAAGUGGAAUCCGCACACGUCCAGUUUCUUGCAGGUGCUAGUGUCGAUCCAGUCGCUGAUUCUAGUCCCGGAGCCGUACUUCAACGAGCCGGGCUACGAGCGCAGCCGCGGCACGCGCGUCGGCAACAGCGCCUCGCUCGAGUACAACUCCAACAUCUACCAGGCGUGCGUCCGCUGGGCCAUGCUCGACCACCUGCGCAACCCCGAGCCCUGCUUUAAAGAGGUUAUACAAACACAUUUCUGGAUUAAACGAAACGAGAUAAUGCAAACGGUGGCGAAUUGGAUUACUGAGCUGGAGGGACAGAGCGGCGACGAGAGGACGCAGCGUACCAUACAGCUCAACCUUAUGGCGCUCAAGCGGCACUACGUGAAGCUGCAGGAGGAGCUGGCCAAGCUGCCGGUGCCGGCGGGACUCGAGGACCUGGACGAGCCGUUCCAGCUGCCGGCCGCGCCCUCUCCCAGCCCCGCACCCGCUAACCCCGCUGCAGCCGCUGCAGCGCCGUGUGCCAGUGCAGCGCCCGCCACGACCUCGCCGCCACCACACCCCACGCACGGCACGCAUCCUGUACCGCCCACCAAUGACGAGAUUGACCACGACAUGGAGAAGAUCGUAUCGCAGGUCAUCGACUGAUUGCUGGCCGACGCGUACUGAGACAUGACCGCGUCCCUCGGGCCCCGAACACGCGAUCCUGCAGGGCGGCCCGAGUAACGACAGGAAGGCCAAUGACCUCGGCCUCUCGACACUUGAAAUGUACGGUUUGCUUCGCAAAGACAUUGUUUUAUUAAUCUUAUAUCGGUAUGAUAAUAUAUCGAAGUCUUAUUUUGACAGCGUUCCUUGUCAGAGUUACUUAAUUUGACAGCAAAUGUCACGAUUUGGCAAAGAGCGAUACCUGUUCUUAUUUUAAUAGCGUCGUGUUCAUUUUCUACGUGUAACCUUUGUACAAGUAGCUCAAGCGUGUAUUCAUCGCAUGUUGGGUCUCAAUCAAUGAAAGUACAAGGAAUCCGCGCACCGCAACGCCGAGACGCGGUCUCGAGCGUGAGCAUCACUAGUGAGUUUACUGUUCGUACAUAUUUUAUUUGUUAUGGAGGAUUUCUUUAUAUAGUUUUUUUUUUAAUAGGUUUUACUUUAGUAUUAGUGGGACCUCUCUUUAGUUUAACACGUAUUGUGAUACUAAAAUGGGCCCGCGUGGCGCCCGGUAAGCUUUUAGAAGGUGUAUAUGUACGGGCCGACGAUAAUUGUAUUAUAGUAGUCUCAUUGGAUAUCGGACACAGCGCUGUCGCGUGUCGUUUGGACGUGGGCUCUCAAGCCGCGCGGAGAAUUCGACUUGUCAUAUUCAUAUCGGACGAACUGCGUGUUUGAGGCGUAGUAAAUUGUAAUGGAAUACGUGGCGUGACACGCGAGCUGUUGGACGUGUACUUGAACGGUGUACCUAUUUGUAUGUAAAGCCAGUGUAUACAGAGGUAUUCCGCGCGACGCCGCGGCGCCGUAUGCCGACAUAUGCCGCCGUAUGCCGCCGUGCGGGCGGACAUCGAUUAUAAUGUAUAGUGAAAUAUAAUUUGGUGUAUAUAAAACUGUCGUUUUAAUUAUUCGCUAUUAAGUAUAUUGUAUGUAUCGAUAGUCGCUCUGAAAGAGUUGGCGGAGGCGCGAUCGAGCUAAUUUUAGUAAAUUAUUAUAUAAUAUUUAAUACCUACUCGAUAAUAAAAUUAUGUAUAGGCCUAGCCAUCACAUUUUAUGUAUUGAUUUGGUUUUAUUUUGUGAAUGAACUGACAAUAACAUGAUUUAUGUGUUAUAUUGUGUAUGGUGCGGCGCGCACCGCUGCCAUCCGGGGAUCACUGUACCGCACUGUUGACUGUAUAUAAAAAUCACCAGUACACAAAAAUAAUGUAUUUCAUUGUACUUUCAUUGCCGGGUAAGUGACGUAGGACGUUUCUUGUUAUAUCUGACUGUGAAUUUUGGAAUGUAAAUAAAAAUUUAUGUUAUCGUA